CUUUAACUAACCUUUCGCCCCAUAGUUACUGCGUGCGCCCCCUGUCGAUGUUCAAGAAAAUGGGAGUCGCCGGACCAAAGCCUUAUCCAGUCAUCGGGAACAUGAUGGAGUUUAAAAACGGUCUGUGGGACAUCGAACUGCAGAUGUCACGGGUGAAGGAGUUCGGUGGCGCUUACGGUGUUUUCGGAGGGAUGCGGCCCGCCUAUGUCGUCACCGACAGGGAGUUUUUGCGGGAAAUCUUCAUCAAACAGUUCCACAACUUCGCCGACAGAUCGGCGAGCACCACAGCCCUGGAGGUGCGGCCGAUGUGCCGAUCCCUGACCGACCUGAAUAAUGCGAGCACCACAGCCCUGGAGGUGCGGCCGAUGUGCCGGGCGCUGACAGACCUGAGAGGAGACGACUGGAAAAACGUCCGGACGACCAUCAGUCCCUCUUUCACUGGAGGAAAACUCAAACUGAUGACAGACAUCCUAAACCGGUGUGCGGAUCAGCUGGUGGACAACAUCGGGACGAGCACGAGGGACGGAGCGGCAUGUGACAUUAAAGAGCUGUCUAGUGCCUUCACCAUGGACGCCAUAGCCGCCGUGGCGUUCGGCACGGACAUCAACACCCAGGAGACCCCGGACCACCCCUUCGUGGUGAACGCCAAGAAGGCAUUCGGGAUGGAUCUGAAAAACCCACUACUCUGGGUCUAUCUCAUCCUGCCGAAGAUAACGAAGCCCAUCAUGGAGAGUCUGCAGGUUAGCCUGAUGCCGCGGGACUGCGUCAACUUCUUCAGCGGCGUCUUGUCACAACUCAUGCAGCAGCGGCAGGCAGGCGGGGAGGGCCGGGUAGACAUGAUGCAGCUAAUGAUGGACGCACACACCAUGAGAGAUGAGGAGGAGGGAGAAGGAGGGGAGGCUGGCGGCAGGACAAGGGGGAGGAAACAGGCUUUGAGCAGGGACGACGUUCUGGCUAACGGGAUCCAGUUCAUCCUGGCUGGGUACGAGACUACUGCCUCCACGCUCUCGUUCACAAUGUACAACCUGGCCACUCACCCGGAUGUUCUGGACAAGGUCAUCCGGGAAGUGGAUGACGUCAUGAAGGACAGGGACACUGUUGACUACGAAGCGUGUAAGAAGCUGGAGUACAUGGAGAUGUGCAUCAUGGAGAACCUCAGGAUCUAUCCCGCCGCACCGAGACUGGCCCGUGUGGCCACGGCGGACACGAAGAUCCAGUGGCUGACUGUUCCAAAAGGCAUGCUGAUGGACAUCCCGGUCCUGCCCAUCCACUAUGAUCCCGAGCGCUACCCGGAACCAGACAAGUUCAUCCCGGAAAGGUUCAGUAAGGAGGAGAGACAGAAGCGUGACCCUUGUGACUGGCUGCCGUUCGGAGCCGGACCCAGGAACUGUAUCGGCAUGCGGCUGGCCAUGAUGGAAGCUAAAAUCGCCCUGGCUAAAAUCCUGAGGAGCUACAGGAUCGCACUAGCACCUGACAUGGAGGUCCCGGUGCAGCUGAGUAAGUACACGGCGUUUGUCAAGCCGGAGCACGGAAUCCGCAUCACGGUAGAGCCUAGGAACAGCGGCGGGGACUGAAACACUCUCCAAGGAUAUCAUAUACACGGGAUGUGGACAACAUGAUUACAUGGCCCCUGCUUGUAGAUCUAUUCAACGUGCCUCUGUUGAGUAAUCUCCAAGGUGAUUCCCGGUGGCAUAGGAUAGCAUCAACGCUGGCUAAGGAGUAUAGCCGGCCUGAGGG